UAUUAUACACAACAUUUCCAGAUCAUGUUUAUAUCCGACAACUAUAGAUGAUCGAUUAUGCGGUCGUUGAUCGAGUUUCAAUGUCGAGAUGCAUCGAUGUGGCCUCGAGGGUAUCGACAUGUCCGCCGGUCGCGGCUCGCGUGAGUUUCACACGUUAGAUUUACUCGUAAGCAUCGUUAUCAUCUCGAUCAAUGGACCUGAACGCGCAGAUCCGGGUAAUAAUUUCACGAGUUUCCCACACACGCGGCCCGUAGAUCCCGUGACUUUUAACGACGUGUCGUUAUCGUUAUUACGGUGUCGUUACGCGGCAUUCCUGCCAAAUGUUAUAUCUGCCCGACGACGACGUAUACGAUAACUACGAACAGAGUCGUUAACGGUUACGGAAUAUGGGCGCUGCACCGUUUGACGCGCGUGCCCUCCUACACUCCGCCAUGUCUUAAUCCGAUCGUUCCGGUCUAUCAAGAAUCGAGCGCGUACGAAUGAAAGAUAAUGCGGAAUUCACGAAGCGUAAAGGUGGCUUCAAUUCGCCUCCAUUUCGACGAGGAAGUUCCCGCUUUACUGUAGCGACUGUAGCGGCCGUAACGCGACAGUUUCUGCCGAUUCUCGCUGGGUGGACGCGCUCAACAAUGCGGGCCACUCAUGACGACGUCACGGAUAGGCGUCACGGCAAAAUCGACUACGGUGCCCGCAGGUGAAGGUGAGUUUUCUAUUCGAACGUUUGCCCGGCUAAUAUUUGCGAUGCGGCGAAAGGAUUCGCGCGCCACGCGGAAGAUUAGAUAAAAGCUGCCGGCACUUCCGCCAGGAUUGCCAGGCGGUGAAACCGUCAUCGCCACGGCGGUUAAAUCAAUAUUAUCUCGUAUACCGUGUAUAAUUGUUAGAGCCGCUCGGUCGAUCGGUGAAAACAAGCUUUCGUGAUGUUAUUGCGAUGAACCGAUGGGAGAAAUUGUCGAUUUAGAAAACCGCGCCGGCCGGUACGACGGAGGCACCGAAAGCGGAAGCUGUUAGAGCUGCUUAGACGCGAUUUAGCCAAUCUUCCAAUUCGCUAUUUUCCGCUUCAUUAAGAUUCAAAGAUUCCGACACGAGGGACCGAUCGGCGCGCACCAUCGAUCGAGGAUCGUGCGCCGAUCGACCGAGCGACUGAAUAUUUAUUUUAGUAAUACCGUGCCAUCCAUUUCCGCACGGGGCUAGCGACUCGUUCUAACGAUCCAAUCGACGAACGGACAUGCUGUGUCACUCGAAAAACUGAGGACACUUGCACAGGUUCGUACUUACGAUUAAUGAAAAUGACUCAUCAUCUGAGCACGUUCGUACUGGUCGAUGACUGCUGGACGUUUUGCAAACUGUUAUUACGUUUAAUUUAUCAUCACCAUUGUGUUAGGACAGAACUGCUCAGUUUCGCCAUCUCUGGAGCGAAAUUUAAAUAGAAUAAUGCAAUAUCGGAGAGAGAGAGAGAGAGAGAGAGGAGGGAGAGGGAAGACGAGAGACCGUGACUAAACAUGAAUUUACACAAUGAAUUCACGGUUGUUUGAUGCAAUCGCAGUUAUCAAAGACAGAGAUCUGAUUUAUAUUGAUCAAGACAGCUGCAAAUGUAUUAAAUUUAAAGUGACACGUAUUAAAUGCCAGCGAAGAUAAAGAAUCGAUUUAUUCAUGAAACCAGGUUGCCGAAGUUUGUCAAGAACGAUGACUCCUUCGGUCGAGAGGAAAAAAAGAACCUUAAAGAAAAACAUUGCGCUUCCGCGCCAAGCGCGCGACGCAGGGCGCAUGUAAAGACGCGAAAUUCGAAAAAGCGUGGACCCAUCCUGGGCGAAGCCCCACCCGGGCUCGAUCGGCGGGUUUGGAACACAAAGCCUAGGGUGACUUUCAUGAAACUCUGAUUCGUCCAAUCAACGAUUUCAAAUCGCCGUCAAUCAAACGCCAUCCGUUCUAUCCCGUUAACGCGGACAGAACACGGCCAAUUUUUCGAUUAUCUUAUUGAACGACGAGCCAGCGGAACUAAAAGUUGGCGUCGGCAAUUCUCCCCAAUGUCCAUCAAUUAGUCUAAUCCGAGGCUGCUGAAAGUCAGCCUCGAUUAAUCUCCGUUUCUCCGAAACGCGCGCGCACGUGACUUCCCGGGUGCCGGCUCGGUUCCGCAGAACCGGAAGGGGAGGUUCGGAGGGAAAGUUCCCAGCGAGGUUGCCUUCGAAGGUUGCCGAGGUCAGGAGCCGCCGUGUAGCAAGUCCGGCCGAAAGACGACGGCCGAGGCGAAAAGAGAGCGAAGGCGAGCGACCGGCUGGCUGUUCGGCCGUCGCUUCUCCCGGCCGCCCGUCGCCGCGACUGCCAGCCGCACCGUCGAGGCUGCCGUCCCUCUCAGUCGCGCCGGCGGCAUCAUCCUGCUCGCAGCACACCUCCGGCCGCUCCUCUUUUCUUUUUCCAUCCGACCGCGUUUUUCGCCCGGGCGACACUUCCGCGAGACCCCCGUGGACCCCGGUGGCUGCACGGCUGCGCGAUCGCGCCGGGGUUCCUCCGUCGACGGCCGGAUCGAGUGAAGACUAUCGAUCAAUGAGAAGAGACACGACGGUGUCUUUCUUUAAUUAAAGUUCGCUUCCCCGCUAAAUGAAAGUAUCGUCUUAGUUGCUUUCCUGAGUUUCUUUUUUUAUCCGCUGAGAAAUUUCCCACGAGUUUCUCCGGGAGAGGUGAAUCGAUUUACUGAAAAAGUGCGCGAUCGAGAAGUGUGAUCGGCGAGGCGUGUUCCAGUGUUUUUCUGCCGACCGAGCGUACUCAAGAGUAACGUUUUGCGAGGCGACGACGUACAGUUUCGCAAUUUUGCAUUCAACGUGCAUUCAACGUGGCUCGUUUAAAAACAAAUUAGCGAACGGCCAAGCCGGCACCGAUUUAACAAUCGACCACCAGCUGACUACCAUUGUCCGGAGAGAACAACUUCCAGGGAUCUCACUUACGGGAUAUUACCUGUAAGUGAACUUAUGCGGUUUGUGUGGCAGUUUGUGGUCGCGGGGUGAGAUGUGACGCGUUCUUCGUCGCGCGGGAGAGGCGGAAGAUGCGCGAACGGACGGAGUUGCGUGGUCGCAGAAGAAAGGGCCUGGAAGUGUUCCGGAAAAUUACCCGACGCACGCAUCCGUCGCACAUUCUUCCAUCAUUCCGAGACCGCCGCCACGGUACGACAUGACGCUCUCCGUCGCCUCGAGGGAAGAAUUUGACGCUUUUCGCACGUCGAAGGAGGCCGCUGCGUUUUAGCGGCGGACGGAGCGAUGGGAUUGGCCGGGGGGGCUUCUCCGACGGUACUAAUUGCCGAGCCGGUAAUCGCGGGCGUCAUGACGAGGAUGAGAGAAGACCCAGGAACCCCUGAAGAAGAGUGCAAAUGGGAGAGGUGACGUAUCCAGUGAUGCGUAAACGGCGUGGACUGGGCAGCGCCUUUCUGGGCCUCUUGGUGGGCCUACUUCUGGGUUUCCUCGUACUCAGCUACCGUCUGAUCGUUUUCAAUCAGCAACAGCAGGUCGCCAUCUGGACGUCCAUGCCUGGGCAACGAUCGCCGCCGAGGGCGUCGGCGCAAAAUAUGCCGAGGCUGAGAGACGACGAGCGAAUCAACAGCUCGACCUCGAGCCUCGUCUUCGUAGGCGUGAUGACGGCUCAGAAGUACCUGGACACGCGAGCUAAAGCCGUCUACGAGACCUGGGGCAGAGAGUUACCCGGCAAAAUAGCCUUCUUCUCGUCGGAGUCCUCCACCGUGCCGGACAACUGUCCGGAUCUGCCGUUGGUGCCGCUUCCGCGGGUCGACGACACUUACCCGCCGCAGAAGAAGUCCUUCAUGAUGCUGCAAUACAUGUGGAGCAACUUCGGCGAUCGCUUCGAAUGGUUCCUCCGUGCUGACGACGACGUGUACGUGAGGACCGAUCGGCUGGAGACGCUGCUGAGGUCCGUCGACUCCAGGAGGGCGAUGUACAUCGGACAGGCCGGCCGGGGCAACUCGGAGGAGUUCGGCCUGCUGUCGUUGGAUUACGACGAGAACUUCUGCAUGGGCGGCCCCGGUGUCGUGCUCUCCAGGGAGACCCUGCGGAGGAUCGUGCCGCACAUCAAGUACUGCCUGCGCCACUUGUACACCACGCACGAGGACGUCGAGCUGGGCAGAUGCGUGAAGAAGUACGCCGGGAUUCCCUGCACUUGGAGCUAUGAGAUGCAGUCCAUUCUCUACCACAACAGCAGCGGGGCCCAGGCGUUCACCGGAAAUCUCAAGAAAAAAGAAGUUCAUCGUGCCAUUACUUUGCAUCCUGUGAAAAGCCCGCCUCACAUGUACAGGCUGCACAAUUACAUGAGGGGGCUGCAAAUACAAGCCUUGCAGCAAGAGAGGCUACAUCUACACCGGGACAUUCGCACGAUGGCCCAGGAAUUGGGAGUGAACCCGGAUACCUUGAAGAAUUACGAAAUGGUGGAGGAUCUACGUCUCUUUCCGGUCGAUCCUAAUUCCGACAAUUACCCGGGCGACACGGACGUACUAGGUGUGCCGGCGAGUCUCAGUUCGUUCAAGCCGACGACGAGUGACGAAGUGAUCCCGUGGGGCUUCCUCUCGAGGUUGGAAUACAGUUUGACCGAUUCCAAUCCGAGACGGCGUAUUCACAGCGACAUUAAGGAGGGCCUGGAAGAUAUCACCCGGGAAGUCAUGGCCUCCAUCAAUUCCUGCUCGCGGCAACGCGGCCGUGUUGUCGAGGAGCGUUCGGCGCUUUAUGGAUACAGAAGGGUGAACUCCUAUGGGGCUGACACGAUAUUAGAUCUUUUAUUAGUUUACCGGAAGUACCGUGGCAGAAAGGUCACUCUUCCCGUCAGACGACACGUUUAUCUCCAUCAGCACUUCACUGGAUUGGAGAUACGCGAGACGGUGAACGGCGUUGAGGUCGAGCCCUAUCAGAGGUCGGACGAUACGUCCAUUCACCACUUAUUCCACGGUGGUUUCUUGAAUCUCAACUUCAAUUACCAAGAGGAAGAGGAUCUGGUGCGCGGCAAGACCAUCAACUUCAUCUUGCCGCUGUCGGGCCGCUACGAGAUCUUCCAGAGGUUCCUGAAGAACUACGAGGAGAUCUGCCUGACCGUCGGCGAGAAGACGUCGCUGCUCGUCGUGCUCUACCAGCAAAAGAACGAGAACUCCUACAACAAGACGAUAGAUCUGAUCGAACGGCUCAAGCACACGUACCGUGGCGUCAGUAUCGACGUACUGCCGGUAUCCGGGGAGUUUUCCAGAGCCCGAGCCUUGGACACCGGCGUGUCGAAGCUGCAGCCGGACGAUCUGACGCUGUUCAUCGACGUGGACAUCGUCUUCACGAAUUCAGCGUUGAACAGGAUACGUCUGAACACGCUCCUCGGCCGGAGAAUAUAUUUCCCGAUCGUGUUCAGCCAAUACAGUCCCCAGAUGGUGUACGGUGAGGCCGGCAAGCAGGACAGGUUCACCAUAAACGAGAUCUCCGGGCACUGGAGGCAGUACGGCUUCGGGAUCGUUUCUCUGUACAAGCGCGAUUACGUCACGAUCGGCGGCCUGGACCUCUCGAUUCAGGGAUGGGGUAAGGAAGACGUGGAGUUCUACGAGAAGGCGGUCAAGUCGGGCCUCGACGUCUUCAGAGCGGCGGACAGGCACUUGGUGCACGUGUACCACGAGAUCGAGUGCAGCAGGGAGCUGGCCAACCUCCAGUACUCCAUGUGCAUGGGCUCCAAAGCCGACACGUACGCCGGCGUCGAGACCUUGUCCGACAUGAUCUACAAUAACCCCGACAUACUGCGCUUCGCCAAAGAGAGGAGACAGAAGAGGACCAACAAUCCGGCUGGCUGAAUCUGCGAAACGAGAGAUCGCCGGCUGUCGAAGAUAAUAAUGAUAAUUGCUGAAGAAGAAGAAUCAAGUCGGCAGUGAAGAAACGACGUCAACUGCGACGUUGCAGUCGAGAGAGACGCGCCUCUUCGAGAUAAGGACGUCGUUCUCGUUGUGCACGAGUCAGUAGUUCUAGUCGGGACACGCAAUACCGACGGCGGACCGAACGUCCGAAUUGAACUUUGGUGCCAGAUUGUUUCGUUAGUUGUUACGCGUUGUAAAUAUGAAAUGUUACUGCGUCCGAGUCUCAGA